GAGGUAAUCCAACAGACUGUGGCGGAGGGACCGGAAGCGCCAGGCAGGGACCCGGGGUAGAUGCUAAAUCCAAACUGAAACGCACAGGGCUGGAUGAUUGAAGCAGCAGCGGGAACUAGUCAGACCUCCGAGCUCUUUAAACUAUCUUCAGCCUUCCCCGUGGGCUCGGCUGGUUCUCCACGAGCUCCGAGCAGAAGAGGGGCCGGCGUUUAAGUCAAAGGCCUUGGGGCUCCGAGUCCCUCCCUCUCCCCGUCCUGUGAAGGCGCGACCCAGUUCAGCUGUCUGUAAAGUGGAGCCAUUAGUCCCUGCCUCGUGGUGGGAAAACUGGGAGGCGGAACGAGGAGGCCGCCGGUCCCAACCCGGCCCAGGAGCAUCUUUCUGCGCAGACCGUUUCCUGGCGAGAUCCUGCGCAGCCGAGGCUGUGUUGGCGCCAAGGACUUCCAGCAGCUGUUAGCAGAGUGGCCUCAGGAGGAUGGGAGGCCCCACCUGGUAACAGCCCUGUGCUACCGCAGCUUGAGCAGGAGGUGGAGCGGCGGCGGCGGCUGGGGCAGGAGUCAGCGGCUAGGAAAGCCCUCAUCGCGAGUUCUUACCAUCCGGCACGGCCUGAGGUCUACGACUCACUGCAGGAUGCAGCUCUGGCCCCCGAGUUUCUGGCAGUGGCUGAGUACAGCGUGUCCCCAGGCGCAGACCUCAAGGGCCUUCUCCAGCGGCUGGAGACAGUAUCGGAGGAGAAGCGCAUCUACCGGGUGCCUGUGUUCACAGCACCCUUCUGCCAGGCCCUGCUGGAAGAGCUGGAGCACUUUGAGCAGUCGGACAUGCCUAAGGGGAGGCCCAACACCAUGAACAACUACGGGGUGCUGCUGCACGAGCUCGGGCUGGACGAGCCGCUGAUGACACCACUGCGGGAGCGCUUCCUGCAGCCGCUGAUGGCCCUGCUGUACCCUGACUGUGGCGGGGGCCAGCUCGACAGUCACCGGGCCUUUGUGGUCAAAUACGCACCAGGCCAGGACCUUGAGCUGGGAUGCCACUAUGAUAAUGCCGAGCUCACCCUCAAUGUGGCCUUGGGCAAGGUCUUCACAGGGGGCGCCCUGUAUUUUGGGGGCCUCUUCCAGGCACCCGCAGCCCUGACGGAGCCCCUGGAGGUGGAGCACGUGGUGGGCCAGGGUGUCCUCCACCGUGGCGGCCAGCUGCAUGGGGCCCGGCCCUUGGGCACUGGUGAGCGUUGGAACCUUGUCGUCUGGCUCCGAGCCUCGGCUGUGCGCAACCGCCUCUGUCCCAUGUGCUGCCAUGAGCCCGACCUGGUGGAUGAUGAGGGCUUCGGUGAUGGCUUCACCCGAGAGGAGCCCGCCACGGUGGAUGUGUGUGCGCUCACCUGAGCUUGCUUGGGCCCAGUGUGGGGGUGGCAGGCAGGUGAGGGCUCCGUUGCCUUUGGCUGGGGGCAGAAAUAAAACCCCCACAGCCUACUGCACUUGUUGGCUCAA